AUUGUAAUACAUACUGUUCUUAAUAAAUGUUUAUGACAUAUUAACAGGCAAAGAGGUGUUUAAAUCAUCUUCACAUGGAUUUUCUUAUAUUACAACAAAGAAAGAAGCUGUAAAACAGCAAAACCGUAUUUUCUUUAUCAAAUGUAUCUAAAAACAAUUCAUAGCCUAAAUACCUUAAUGCUUUAUUCUUUGUGUGGUGUAAUUUAGAUAUGAUUGUGAUAUUCAAAUAAGCUAUUUAACGAGUGGCCGGGAGCAAAGGAAUGUGAUCUUUGCAUAGAUAGAACGCUUAAAAUUGAAAUCGGAGUCAUUCAAGGAUGUGGAAUUCAGGAAUGCAAGUAUUUUAAAAAUUAUUCCGACUCAAUUAAGUCUUAACGGAAACAAUGCUAAUAUGCUUAGCUGUAUUUGGACUCCACCUUGAAAUGUUUACUGAUAUUAUCGAAUUUUCAGAUUUACAAUUUUCUGGGCCACAAACGUAGAAUCUUAUGAGGAUUUUUGAUGAAUAAAAUAAUGUUGAUUUAUGAAAACCUUUAACAAAUUACAAUUGCAUUUCGAAAAAAAUGAGGCUUUUAACAAAAUUUUUCAUUUCUUUGAUUUCGCUCCUUGGGAAUAAUUAUGGAUAUGAGCAGAACUUAGCCUUGGAAAAGCAUGCUAUCAUGAGUUCACGCGCACACUUUUGGAGUAAACCGGAACUAGCAAACGAUGGUGACGUCAGCCAGGAUGAAGUGAAGUGUACACAGACUUUGACGAAUGCAACUCAAGCGUGGUGGCAGGUGGAUCUUUCGGGAGCGAGCAUUUUGUAUAUACACAUCACUUAUGCAAAAAACAGUGCUGACACAAUGGCAGGGUUUUCUUUGUAUAUUUCUGAUGACGACAUUAAUUUUCGUAACGGACAUCUUUGUUACAACCACAACGACUCUACACUUCCGGAACUGUACAUGGAGAUAAACUGCAAAGUUCACGGAAGAUUCCUCACGUUUUAUAAUGAGCGACUUCCGGAUGUUAAAUACCCGGAUGGCUAUUCUGCAACUGCGAUUAUUCAACUGUGUGAAAUCACCGUUACAGGUUGUGAAAGAGGGAGGGGAGGCUUUACGUGCACUCCUUGUUCUCAAAAAUGUCGUGAAGGAAUCUGUCAUAUAAUGACGGCAAAAUGUUUGGAGUGCUAUGACGGUUACUAUGGAAUUGACUGUGAUAAAGUAUGUAGUAACUACACAUAUGGGUACAACUGUACUGAGCGAUGUGGAAAGUGUUCAAAUGACGUAUUAUGUGACCACGUGAACGGAACAUGCGCAGAAGGAUGUCUUCCCGGCUGGAUAGAGCCAUUUUGUAACUCCUCUUGUCCAACCGGCUUUUAUGGAUACAAGUGCGCGACAUCAUGCAGUGGUGGAUGUAGAAAAGCUGGGCAAUGUGACCCUGUUGAUGGGAGAUGUAUUGCCGGGUGUAUUGCUGGGUGGAAAGGGGACCGAUGUACUGAGAGUACAGACCCAUCCAGCCUUGUCGAGGAGGACACGAAUACAGCUGCCAUAGCUAUCGGUGUAGUCGUCGGCGUCAUUGUCAUCAUAAUUGCUGUCAUCGUCAUCAUUGUCUUCAUCAGAUUUAUUCAACGGUCAGAUUCACGCAUCAUUGCAAGAGAGAAGAAAUAAGAACGACUUAAUGCUUUUAUAAUAAUUAACAAACAAAAAAAUACAAAAGAUUUUAUGAUCGAAUGGUUCAAAUCAAUCACUCAGUAGAUUUGAUUCUAUCUUUCUAGCGCGAAGAAUCUUGAAUUUCGAAUUUGUAUUUGCAAAACCUUCUUUGUUUUUGAAAGCUCUCAGAAAACUAAGAAAAUUUUAAGAGAUUAAAUGAUAGAAAGACCCAAAUUAACAUUCAGUAGAUUUGAUUCUGUCUUUCUAGCUUACAGAAUUUGGAAAUUCAUUUUUUUGUAUUGCUAUAUAAAGAGUUAUACACAUAUAUACCUUUUUAGGGGAUGUAGAAUAAAGAUGUACAUAAUAUCAUUUUGAAAUACACAAUUUACAAAAUGGUGGUAAAAGAAUGAGACAGUCUGCCAGGAGAGGACAAUUUUAAAAAAAGGCAUUAAUUUUAGUACUAUACUGCAUGUUUAAGUAAUUAUGUAUAAAAUAAUCUAGAAAUGUAGUGAUUAUAAAAUUGUAUUUAAUAUUUGUUGAAAAGUAUUGUUAUGCUGAGAUUGCAGAUAUAA